AUGGCGGCUUCUUCAGUGCCGUUUUAUCCGCGAGUUAGAGAACCUUCUCCCUCACCUAAUCGUUCAACCAUGACAUUGUGCAGCGUAGAAAGAAGUUUAAAAUCCUGUUCAAAGGGUCGUUUGACUUAUGACCCUCACUGGAAGCCGACAAGGGAAAACUUGGAGGAAUUAUCAAAGCCCCCUUCCUUGUCACUAAAGCUGUCCCCUGUUUCGCUAUCAUCGACCACACGUACAAGUAACAAAAGAGACGGUAAUGUAAUCUUCAGUGGCGAAUUAGCAGAAUCAAAAGAUAUAGAGGAAUCAAACCAAACCGAUGGCAUGUCCUCUAGCAGCUAUCGAUCGGACACAGAAAGCGUUUCGGAAAAAGAAACACGUGCUUCAAAUGUACAAGAACCUAUGCAUGAGGAGUUGCUGGAGAAAGAACUUCAAGCAAGCUUCGAUUGGACACAUGUCGCUGUUUAUAAUUACGGAAUGGAAAAGAAACGCCAAGCUGAAGAGGAGAUAGCCACAAGAAAAAAAAAGAUGGCAGAAAAUUCAAAGAGAUUGUGGGAGGAGAAAAAUCGUUAUUUACAACAAAAAGAGCACGAAAGGGUGGACGAAAUGAUCAAAUCUGUGCAGGCAUUACAGCGGGACGAGGAGAGAAAAACUGAAGAAGCCAAACAACGGCAACAGGAACUUAAACAGUCUCACGAAGCGUCGGCUGCGAGAGUUGUUAGAAAAGUUAAAGAAAUGGAAGAUUUAAGGUUAAGAUUAUUAAAAGAGGAACAGCAAGUCAAGAGAGGGCUACAACAGCUUGAGGCUUCAUGCAUAACUGUGAAAGAAACUGCACAAAAUAUAGAACAAAUUUUCAAAGAAUGCAAAUUUCAAUCAUAUUUGUCUACCUCUGCUUCAGACAUCCUCAGUGAGACGAAGGAGGUGUUGAAGUUGUCCCUAAGCAAUCUUAAUAGUGCAAAAGAAAAUGAGCGAGUGACAGAAGGAAUUGGUGAGAUUAUGCAGAAAUGUUUAAUUCUUAUUCCUGACUUGUUACAGAAAGCAAAAGAACUUGUUAAUGAGGCAAAUACCAAGGCUGCUAAGGAUGAAGCUGAUCGACAAAUCAAGGAAGAGGCAAAAGCCAAAGAGGAAGAGGAAAAAAAACAACAAGCAUUGAAAACUUCACAAGAAAAACAAACCGUCAGCUCCUCCACAUCAAAACCAACUUCCAACUCCAGCGAUCAAUCAAAGACUGGGAUAUCAAAAGAUCUUGCUUCCUGUAUUUCAGCAACAGCAUGGAAAGAGUUUUCCAGACUAGCAAAUUACAGAAGUGCUAUUGUCAAAGAAGCAGAGCCACUGAAUACUGACAAGACAUUGAAGCAAUAUAAAUUUGACCUUCACAAGGCUGUCACAACACCAAUCAAUGCUAUAUCUGACCAGUCACCCCGUCACCUGCGUGAUAAGAUUGAGCGCUUGGCUCAAUUGUUGUCUGGGCAAGCUGUACAAAUGGGAGGAAAACAGAUCUCAAUUAUCAAGCAUCCUGCCGCUAAGUCAUUCUGUAAAGAUCUCCUUGCAAAGAAACUUGUGCAACAAGGAUCACAGCAGGUUUCUUCUAGUCAUAGUUCUGCAUUUCCUAUUGCUGCUGUUAUUGUGGGAAUCUGGUCCAGGUUUCCUGACAUUGGUGAUCUCGUUCUGGCGCAGUUCUGUGACCAGUGUCCAUUCCUAGUGCCGUUUUACAUACCAAGGACAGCUGAAUUGACAGAUGUAGAAUACUUUGCAUCACUUGGCUAUCAGUGUUCUGAGGGUGAGAUUGAAGAACAAGACAAAUUUCUAAAGCGCAUGACUGGCAUUGUGCGACUAUAUGCAGCUGUUAUCUCAUCUCUACCUCCACAAGGACAAUCCCAACAACACCCUUUUGGACUUGAAAAAGGUUGGACGUGGUUGGCAAGAAUGCUGAACCUAGACCCAAGGCCUGAUUACACUGCUACAGCUCUCUAUGAAUUCCUGGCUGUGGCAGGACAUGCUCUGAUGAGGCAGUACAAGAAACAAUUUGGAAAACUGCUGAAUAUACUUGUGUUAGAAUAUGUGCCCAAGAUAGAGAAGGUAACAGCUAAGGCACAGAGUGGACCUGUGGUGAGACUUAAAGUGUUUUUGGAAACAUGUAUUAAAGAUCAAAAGAUUCCAGUUCCGGACGGCUACCUCACUCCCAAUUGGUGGUGCUCCCCAAGCUAUUAGGACAGUUUCCCAACCCGAUAACUCUUGGACGUGAUACAAAUGUAUCCACUCCUAAUAAUGUAUUCUCCAGCCGACAGUUGAUGAAAAAGAAAAAUGUAUUAGCUGGAGGGUGUUUCCAGUAUCUUGACUUAAAACAAAAUUUUCUGACAUUAUUUAGAAGGAAUGUUUAGCAGCUGGAAAGGAGAAUCACAAAUAAGAUCAGAGUGCAAAGCUUUCUCUGAGAAUAACAAGGUAGCAAGCCGACCCACAAUAACAUGGAAAUGUUUACACUGGGGCCAAUAUUAGAAAAAAUGAACAUAACAUGUACUUUUGGGUGUCUCUAAGCCACAACUUUCCCAGUUUUUUAUUUUUUAAUUCUGACUUCACAGUUCAAUAUAUUUAUCACUGCACAAUUUAUAGCGAAAGAGCUGAAGGACAAUUUAAGUGGAUCUUCACUUUUUCAGCUUUGCUUCUUAUUAUUUUGUGAUAAUGCUAACAAACAACUGCAACAUAUCUCCAAAAGAAACCCUGCAUUUUCUCUCAUACUGUGCCAACAGCACUGUAUGGAUAAUCCUGACCGAUUGCUUUCUCUUUACCUUUGUUUUUUUACUCCAAGGAAAGAGCCAACAAGAAGGAAGAAACUAAACUGCAUACAAUAGAUAUGACUAGUAUGUGGUUUUCAAUUUCUCUAAGGUCAUGAACCUGAUUAUGGUAGAUCCAUCGACCAAUCAAAAUCAGGUUUGCAGUCUCCGAGUCUCACAGUCAUAGUGAUCUGUUGUUUCAGUAUUCAUUUAAUUCAAUAUUUUCAACUCCCCAAACUGCUUGUCACUGGGAGCCAUAACCAUUGGGAGAAUUUGGCAGCAAGCUUGCUUUGUCAUUCAUCAUGUUUUCUUGAUGGACAGUGCGAAUGUCAGAUUCAAUAAUAAUUUAAAAUGAGGCCAAGUGAUUUAACUCGAAACAGUGUUACUUGAUAGUCAAAAUAUCGGUAUGGUACACAUGCAAGAGCUACUUUGAAAGAGGGGGUAAGUUUCUGAACAAAAUGUGGUGCUGUGUUAGUGAGAGAGUAAAACAAGAAAAUCUGGUUUUAUUAACUGAGUUGAUAAUAUAAAUUGGCCACCAUGAAAAGUUUCAAAGCUGAUGUUUCAGGCAUUAAACCUUUUCAGAGGGAAUGAUGAAUAAAAUUCACUCUAAACAAGGGCUAAUGCUUAAAAUGUCAGCUUUGGAAAAUUAUCAACUCAGUUUAUAAAACCAAAUUAUCCCACAGAAUUUGUUCACUCUGAGCACCAAUUCUUUGAUGAAUUAACUCCACCAUAACUUUAAUAAAUAUUCCUCAAGUUUGUUAUUGACCAAAGCAUGCACCCUUACAAGUUUCCUAAUUCAUGUCCAACCAUAUCACACCAGGACAAUUUUUCUUCAGGUGACAUAGCCAUCAUUCCUCACCUUCUGCCCAUCCAAUUACUACUUGACCCUACUUCUGACACUUGCCAGUAGAACGGGCAUAAUUUUUUGGCAUUUUUCAGUGGAAUGGAGGCAAGCACGAAGUGCCAGUCAUGCGUGAUUGGAGGAGUGUAAAAAAUUAUUUUUAAGGUAUUCUUUCACCUUCCUCCCCUCGUUUAUGACUUGUGCUUUGGGAUGGCCUAAUGAUUGUCUCCAUUUGCCUGUGAAUGCAAAAAUUUUAUGCUUGUUUUGCAGGCUAUCUGAUACUGGAUAGCAAAAUACAAUGUGGCCCCCAUUUAGACCAG